AUGGGUCAGGGAUUUUUGAGCAACAAAAACACAGGUCAGGGACUGUAUAGUGAUCCUAUCUACAUCACAGAGAACCGCAAUGGAGAUGUUAUUGUGUCUGACUCGUGGCGUGGUGCUGUAGUGGUGACAGAUCGUGACGGUAAUUACCGCUUCUCCUACACAGGUCGUAGAUCAGGAUCAGGACUAGAUCCACGUGGAAUCUGUACUGACGCGCUGUCACACAUCCUGGUGUGUGAUGUUUGGACCGAGUCAGUACAUAUGUUAGAUAGUGAGGGUCACUAUCUGACAGCGAUACAGACACAACAACACAGGAUAGACAAUCCAUGGGGCCUGAGUUAUGAUGAUGUCACUCACCUACUGUGGGUAGUGUCAUACACCAACAAAGUCAACAUAUACAGAGUGGUAGAUAGAGACUCUCUGACUGGUCUCCCUCUUGAGGAUUUCAAAUGCAGGAAACAUCCAAGCCAUCCUUUAUCCCAGUUCUGUAUCCCGUGUGACGUCACCUUAUGUCAGAUGUGCAUCAGGACCUCUGAUGAUCAUAAGAGACAUGAUGUUCGAGAUGUAGAGAAAUUAUUCCGAGAAAUGCACAAGAGAAAAGGUUCGUAA